GAGCUUCUAAGUGUCCUGUUUAGAUAAAAAGUUGCUGGGCUACAUGUUUGUCCGCGUCCAAAUUAGCAAGACCGUGCAAGGGGGUGUUGCAAACCCCGUUUGCAGUCGUCAGAUCGGCUCCUUUAUUCGCAGUGUGCUCUGUAUGGACCCACCGCCUUCUCCUGAUGAUCCUACGCCAGAAAACAGAUUCCAUCCGUGGGACCAGUCGCCUUCGCCGGACUUAAGAAUGCGGGCUGCCACCAUCCGGGCAAAGGCCAAGUGUCCCGUCACAAACAAAGAUAUCAAUUACACCUGUCCAUAUUCGGGUAUACCCACGCAUCACUCCAGAGAGGCGUGGGAGCAAGACACCAAUUACCACGAUUCCAAAAGGUACGAAAUCUUGAAAAAAGUCAACAUCUAUGAGCACGACCUGAGAUCCGGAAGACAGUUCCCGGAGUUUGAUUUCCCGUCGCAGCAGCCGCAAGACACCCUCGUCAACUUUGCUAGCUGGGAUACGUACUUAUACACGAGACGCUUUUAUUCGAUGGACACAGAGUUCCAGCUGGCUGUUGUUACCAAGAUGCUGAGCUUCCCGUGCACCAUCGCGUCCAUCGUGCAUCAGUACUCCCCGUACUUCCUCAAGCCCAAGGGUCCUGUUUCCGUCGAAGGUCUCAAGAGUCUGGCGGCUUUGAGAUACACUUUGUAUCCAGACACAAGAGUUUCGUCGUUGAAGGACCGUCCUAUACGGAUUUUCCUGCUGAACUCGAAGUCCGAGUCCAUGUUGCCGGGGUUCGUGUGGAAAGAGCUGACAUAUUUAUUCCCCGGUAUUUCUUUCGAGCUGCAUUUCAUUGGUCCCGAAUCUUACUACGAUAGGGAAAAGAAGCAGUAUCUUGUUUCCGAGAGACCGAUAGUCAAGCGAGUCGACGACACAUUAUGUUUCUACUACCACACUCACGACUUCAGCGUGCUGCACGAGGCCCAGGACUUUUUCCCAUACGAUCCAUACCUCGACGUGUUUUUCUGCUUCCAUCCGAGAAUGGGCUCCGGAGUCUCCACCGAGCUGUGGGAGAAGAGCAUUCCGGGUCUUUUAGACUCCAAGUGCGGUGUGUUCGUGACAGGAUACCACACCAGCGACAUACAGAGAGACUACAACUGGCUCGUCCAGAACUACUCUGACGACUUGGACAUUUUGAUGGACAUCGUGCCGAACGUGUUUGGAUCCACUAAAUGGGAGCUCAACGACUACAAUCCGCAUGAGGUAUUCCAAUAUAACCAGCAGACCUUCGGGUUCCGUGGAAAAAGAUAUCAUGCCAUCAAUCAAGACUAAUAGAUGUGACAAUCUUGUGAAUAGAGCGAAUUUAUCAAGUACUGUACAAAGUGAGCGUUCUAAUAUUUUUCACCAAAACCCGUAGCCCUCCUCACGCCCGAAAAUAUUCAGGUCGGUCUCUGGCAUCAUUUCCAUCACCGAGUUUUCGUUGAAGUUGAGUAUGUCGGAGUCUAUCUGCGAGAAGAUGUCGUUUAGCAAAUUUUGGGACUCGGUUGUGUGUUCCAUAGAGUUUUCGAGUCCGAGGCUGCCUAAUUCUGGAAUCCGGUCCAUCGUCUCGCUUCCGUUACCUGGCGAGUCAUUGUUCUCGCUGGAAUUCAAACCGAUCGGCGACGGGAUGUACGUCGAGCCCGAACGGCUCUGCGGCCGCGACGAGCUCAUCGAGAGCUUGCGGCCGUUUUUGCGCGACAUGUUGUCUGCGCUGUAGUUUAUAAAUUUGUUGAAUUGGAUGCGUGAGUCCGGAUUCAGAUGCCCGUUGUCGCCCUCCUUCUUGCCCUUCAGGUUGACGCUGAUGUUCUCAACCGCUUUCUCCUUGCCCAGCUCGUCCAGAAGGUCUACCAUCGAGUUCGUGGCGCCGUCUCUGUUGAAAUUGUUCGACACCUGCAUCCAUUUGCGCACCCGUGUGAGAAUCAUUGUCAUCCGAGAAGCAACCUUGCUCUGCGCAGCGACUUUGGCCAGCGCAGCAGCCACGCGCUCAUACUCGUGCUCCACAUUCACGUCAACGUCCAGCCGUUGCGACUUCACCAGCAGUCGGGACCGAAUCAGGGCAACGAGCGCAUGCAUAGGUCUGUAGUAGAAAAAAGUAGGAAACGUCGAUGUCUGGUCGCUCAGAGCAACAAAUGAGUCCACAACCUUGAUGCUGGCCCGCACAAGACGGUCCAGAGUCUGCAAAUAAACGUCUGUGAGCGUGUCCUUGCGCACGAGAACACGGCAAACCACAUAGUCAUACAUCGUCAUGAGCAGCUGGUAGUAGAUGAUGGAGAGCAGAUUUUUCUCCUUCGACUCCGACGUGAGCAGGCCGCUUUCGGUGGCCAAUUUCUGCAUCUUCUUCUCGUAGCUGAUCAUCAUUGCGCGCAGACUCUCGUGCGGGAACGAGUUCUCGUCCUGCGUUUCUUUGUCGGCACUGAAAAGCAUGUUCAGCCGCGUAGCCAACGACGGAGAAGCCGUUGUCGGGCACAGAAAUUGAAAUAUCUCUUCGCCAAUGGCCACGAGCCGCGCAUAGUAUGCAAGGAACCGGUCGUAUCUGCUU